CACACACGGACAGAAAAAAAUAGGAAAAGAAGAAAAAAGAUAGAAAGAAAAAUAUAAGAAUGUACGUAAGAACGAACACGAACGUAUAAACGAAUGAACAAAUGUAUGAAUGAGUAAAUGAGCUAUGUCCUGUUAUAUAAACACUACCGCUGUUAGUCGAGGACAACCGUUAAUGAUGCGAAUAUUCACAAUCGAAAACUAUGAUAAGGAAUUAUGAUGAUGCGACGUGCGUGAAACGAUAGAUAUCGUGUUCGUUAAAGUUAUCUUUUAACACCAUCGACCUGAUAUAAAUGAUCAUUUUGAUAAUUAGGUACGUGCACGACGUAGAGAGGGGCAAAAUCCAUACAAGAGUAGGGGAAUCAUUGAACCGACCACAGGCAACGUCGAUGACGACGACGGCAUCGGUGCCGCAAGUCCGGAGUACGAACGAAGUAGUAGUCAAUCUUGGAGAGGGAAAAGAAGAAGAAGACUUGGUGGAUGUAACUACGUUAUCUGGUAGUACGCAGGCUAUAGGGGACACACGUGGCGGAUGUAGAAACUUAUCACCAACACGUUGCCAAACAAUCGGCCGUUUUCUUCGUCAACUAAUGCUAGUCAUGCUGUUAAUAACAUUUAUCGCAGCUUCAUUGGCCUUCCUGACACUUUACGUCGGCCACAUGUUUCUUCUACAACUUUUUGUUGUUGUGAUCGUUGCGUACUUCGUUGCUGGUGGUCGUCUAAGGUGGUUUUAUAUUGUCUUUCGUACAUUACCACGUGAUGUCAAAGGUUUGUUAAGAUACAUUAAACUUCUUUGGUUGAUUCGUGGUCAUGAAAAAAAAAAUAAAAGUGUUGCGGACAUAUUUCGGCAACAUGUUGCUCGACAUCCCAAUAAAGCGUGCAUCAUAUUCGAAGAUCAAGAAUGGACGUUCCAACAAAUCGAAGAUUUCAGUAACAAAGUUGCAACGACGUUUAAAAAUCAUGGUUAUAGGAAAGGAGAUGUGGUAGCAUUAUUGAUGGAAAAUCGUCCUGAUUUUGUUGGGAUUUGGCUUGGUUUAAGUAAAAUAGGCAUAAUAACGUCUCUGAUUAAUAUUAAUCUUCGAAAAUCUUCUCUAUUACAUAGCAUCGAUGUCGCUAAAUGUCAAGCAUUGAUUUAUAGUUCCGAAUUUACUGAAGUCGUCACGGAUAUUGCUAGCUCACUCAACGCAAAUAUGGGAUUCUACAAGUAUGGAAAUGAGGCAACAGCAGAUUCUGCGCAUUUAAAGGCAAAGAAUUUGACAAAUAUUUUAUCAGAAGUUUCUACAGUAUCACCAAUAUCACAAGACAAAAGUUGUUAUCACGAUGAUUUAUUAUAUAUUUAUACCAGUGGAACUACUGGUCUUCCGAAGGCUGCUGUAAUAACUAAUUCAAGAUUUAUAUUCAUCGCUAGUGGAAUUAAUAUCAUAGCUAAGAUGAGAUCUUCCGAUAUAUUGUAUACGCCAUUACCUUUGUAUCAUACAGCAGGUGGUGUUAUGUCAAUAGGUCAAGCCUUAUUACAUGGAAAUACGACUGUGAUUAGAAAGAAAUUCUCUGCCAGUGCUUAUUUUAAUGAUUGCAUUAAGUAUAAAUGCACGAUCGCACAAUACAUAGGAGAAAUGUGUCGUUACAUUUUAGCAGUACCAGUAAAACCUGAAGACAAACAACACACUCUUCGAAUGAUUUUUGGUAAUGGACUUAGACCACAAAUAUGGCGUCAAUUCGUAGCACGUUUUAAUAUACCUCAGGUUAUUGAAUUUUAUGGUGCUACCGAGGGUAACGCGAAUAUCGUAAAUAUCGAUAAUACUGUUGGAGCUAUUGGAUUCGUAUCACGAAUUAUUACAUCGGUGUAUCCAAUAUCUAUUAUUAAAGUAAAUGCUGAAGGAGAACCAAUAAGAAAUGCAAAAGGAUUGUGUCAAGUUUGUGCUCCAGACGAACCUGGUGUUUUCAUUGGAAAAAUUAUACCCAACAACCCGACACGAGCAUUUUUGGGAUACGUGGAUAAGAAAGCAUCGAACAGUAAAAUCGUACGCGACGUUUUCGCUAAAGGCGAUUCUGCUUUCAUAUCUGGUGACAUUCUUGUAGCAGACGAAUUAGGAUAUCUUUAUUUUAAAGAUAGAACGGGAGAUACGUUUAGAUGGAAAGGAGAAAAUGUUUCAACGUCCGAAGUCGAAGCCAUUAUUAGUAAUUUUAUAAAUUAUAAAGAUUGUAUAAUUUACGGUGUUGAGGUUCAUGGCGCAGAAGGAAGAGCUGGUAUGGCUGCUAUUUGUGACGAGAAUGACACGUUAAAUCUAAAACAAUUAUCAUCCGAUAUUAAAGAUCAAUUACCAUUUUAUGCUAGGCCUCAAUUUCUUCGAAUAUUGUCAAAAGUUGAUCUCACAAGUACAUUUAAAUUGAAGAAAAAGGAUUUACAAGAAGAUGGUUUCGAUCCCAAGAGAAUACAAGAUAAAUUAUAUUACUUAGAUUCCAAAUUGGGAUAUCAGUUGUUAACGAAAGAAGUAUUCGAUGAAAUUCAAACAGGAAAAAUUAAAUUAUAAAAUUGUUUCAACAAAUGAUACCGAGAAAAAUCGAGAAAAAAUGAUAUCGAGAAGAUGAUAUCGAGAUUAUGGAAUGAAAUAUUAUCCGCAAAAUGUAUGUCAUACGCUAUAUAAUGCUCUUUAUUGCUUAUAUAUGCUACGAUACGAUUUGACUGUGCUAAAUCUUUACAUUUACUAUUCACCACAUAAAUGGAGAACUCAUCUCGUUUUUAAAACACACACACAUAUAUAUAUAUUCUAAUUUUCCAAAAUUCAUUUGGAAAGUAAAUUGAAUUAGGUAAUGUUAAAGGAAACAAUUUAAUUCAUAUGACAUCUUCUGUCCAUUUGAAUUCGUAUACCGAUCAUAAGCGAUAAUCAAUAAUAUUCUUUGGAAUCAUUUAUUUAUAUUAAUAACAUAAUGCAGAUAUGUUGAUAUUAUAUAAAGGAAUAAUGAUUAGAAUGACUAAAAUAAUCGCUUGUCAUAUGAAUGUUUUCACAUCGUAUAUUGUUAUUUUAUAAUAAUAAUAAUCUAUAUAUGGAUAUACAUGGUAAUACAAAAUAACAGAUAAUAAUUUCAAAGCUUGUAAUUUCAUAAAUUAUCAACAAAUUUUAAUUAUUAUUUAAUAAAAAAAUAAAGAAUUCGAAUUUAUUAAUAAUUCAUGAAGUUACAACGUUUAAAGUUAUUGCUAAUUAUUUUGGACCUCCUUGUAUAUGCAAAGAGAGAGAGAGAGAGAGAGAGAUAUGUUUGUCUAUUUAUGUUUGUACAUAGCAAGUUAAUUUAAAUACUAUUGUCCGAAACCCCGGUAUAUCAAUAGCUUUUUGAAACGAUUGUAAUUUCCUAUUUCUUUUUUCUUUUUGGUUAAUAUUAAAAGUAUUUACUUAUAUAAGAUGUUUCAUGAGAGAGACAGAGAGAAAGAAAGUAUUUAUAUGGUGUAUAUUUAUGGCAUAUUAUAACGUGGUGAAAACUUUUACUUGUUAUUUGUUACUUUCUAGAAUAAAAGUUUUCUAUUUUUGUGUAUGCAAUCAAUAAUUAUACUUUUUAUUAUUUCUCAUUAAUUAAAUGAAACAAUAGUUGCAUAUUGCAAUUAAUUUUCAAAUA